AUGAGUGCGUCCUCUCGUUUGAUUCAGCCCUCUCUCCCUCAGCUGCACAAGCGCAAACCUCGAUUUUCUUCUUCAAAUGAUGUAGAAGCUCCCACAAAGCUUGCUAUUGGUGGACCUGAUGGCUUUUCCGCGUUAGGGAACGAUAACUACGAGCUUGAAAAGUCAUUUAAUAUCGUUAUACUGAGUUCUGACCGCCAGGAGCUCGCUCGAGUCUCUUUAGACUCUCCCAAUCUCCCUUUGUCGCUUGAAGAAGCAGCUGAAGCGGUUCUUAACCAUGCAGGUAAUGCCGUUACUGAAGAGGUGGCUUCUUGGCAAGAAGAACUCGCGUUCACCAAGUACGCAGAUGAUCUGGUGCAAGUCCCCAAUCCACCACACAUUGCAUCAAAUCCGACGGCAUGGAAAUGCCAAGCUCCCGAUUGUGACAAGCAAGAAAAUUUGUGGCUUAAUCUAUCGGAUGGCUACAUUGGUUGUGGUCGUCGAAACUGGGAUGGGUCGGGAGGAUGUGGAGCAGCUUCAAAACAUUUUAGUGAAACGGGAGGCAAGUUUCCAUUAUCUGUGAAACUCGGUACAAUCACAGCUGAAGGAGGAGACGUGUAUAGCUACGCACCAGAUGAAGACGAUAUGGUGAGAAAUCCUCUGCUAACCAAACAUUUGGAACACUUUGGCAUCAAUAUUAACAACUUGAAAAAAACCGACAAAUCGAUGAAUGAGCUACAAGUGGGACUCAAUUUAUCGUAUGAAUUUGAUGCCGUGACUGAAGCUGGCAAGAAAUUAGUGCCGGUAUCGGGGGCAGGGAGCAUAGGUUUUAAAAAUCUCGGGAAUAGCUGCUACAUGAAUUCGGUCCUGCAGCUUUUGCUAGCUCUACCUGAGGUACAGGAACGUUACUUUAAGGAAUCUGAAAAAAUCUUUUCGACGGUAAACGCAAUGCCCGUCGAUGACUUCGCUGCACAAUUCUCGAAGCUCGCGUGUGCAGUGUUGACAGAUCGAUAUACAAAGAAAUUUCUAUCGCCAACAGAUGGAAAGCAGGUGGAAGAAGAUACCUUGCAUAAUGUGGAUUUGCGACCAAGUACAUUUCGCAGUCUUGUUGGGAAGGGGCAUCCCGAUUUCUCGACUGGAGAACAACAAGAUGCGAUCGAGUAUCUUCAGUUUUUGCUUGAGUUCAUGACACGUGCAGAGCGUAUAAGUGCGAAUCGUCUCGGAUCGCUUUUUAAGGAAGAUACUGCCACGGGUGCAGAGUUUCCAACAGCGAAUCUAUUUAAGUUUAAGCUGGAAGACCGCGUGCAGUGUAUGGAUUCCAACAAGGUGAAGUAUAUCUUACGUGAUGACAUGGUUCUCCAGUUACAGAUUCCUUUGGAGGCGGCGACAAAUGCAACUCAAGUAAGUGCCUACCAAGUUCUCGAGCAAAAGCGACAGCGUCUUGGCGAUACUGAAAAUGUGGGAAAGAUCGAAGUCAUAGAACGGGUCGUGCCGAACGUGCCAUUUGCAGCGUGUCUUGAAAGGACGUUUGCACCGGAAGUGAUUGAAGAUUAUUUGUUUCCUGCAACAAGUAGAAAAGGACAAGCACAAAAAACUGUUCGUGUUCACUCGUUUCCUCGAUACUUGCUCGUGCAAAUGCGACGCUACUACGUAGCGGAAAAUUGGACACCAAAGAAGAUGGAGGUUGAAGUUAAAGUACCCGAGACAUUUUCUUUGGCUCACUUUGUGUCCAAGGGACUACUUGAUGGUGAAGAACUUAUGCCUGAGAGUGAAACAACCAAAAGUGCUGUUGUGAGUACCGCGGACGAAGUUCUUGUGUCUCAACUGGUGUCCAUGGGUUUUUCUGAGAAUGGCUGCAAGCGUGCUGCAAUUGCAACCGGCAAUUCAAACGUUGAAGCUGCGAUGGAGUGGAUUUUUAAUCAUAUGGAAGACUCAGAUUUUAAUGAUCCGCCUGGGUUGGCUGAUGCUUUAACUAAAGCAGAAGAUGGCGUUGUCGACGUGACACUUGUGUCUAAUUUGAUGGCCAUGGGUUUUGCUGAGUCGCAUGUCAAAUGUGCACUUGAACAAACCGACAACAAUCCCGACCGCGCUGCAGAGUGGUUGUUUAGCCGCAUGGACGAUCUAGAUGGUGCCGUGGCUCAGUGUGAGAGCCAAUCUGCUGGACCUAUAGUAUCUGAGGAUGCAGUCAAGCGACUGGAUACUGAAACACCUGAGAACUACUCACUUGUAGGUUUUAUCAGCCACAUAGGCAAGACAACCAAUUCUGGACACUAUGUCUGUCACAUAAAGAAGAAUGGUCGCUGGCUUCUAUUCAAUGAUGACAAAGUAGCCCUUUCGGAGACACCGCCCCUAGGUGCUGGGUACCUCUACCUUUUCCGUCGCAUAGACACUUAG